AUGGAUGGAGGUAAUCAGUCCUUCAUAUCAGAAUUUGUGCUUUGGGGACUUACCCAAUCACAGAAUCUUCAGGUUUUACUCUUUGUGAUAUUUUUGAUACUUUAUCUGCUCAUUGUGCUGGGAAAUAUUACCAUCAUGAUCUUAAUAACCACUGAUCACCAUCUCCACUCUCCCAUGUACUUCUUACUGGCCAACCUGUCCUUUGUUGAUAUAUGGCUUUCCUCAGUCACCACACCUAAAAUGAUCACAGACUUUCUCAGGAAGCACAAAACCAUUUCCUUUGCAGGCUGCAUGUCCCAGGUCUUCUUUGCCCAUUGCAUUGCUGCAGGAGAGAUGAUACUGUUGCUGGUAAUGGCUUAUGACCGCUAUGUGGCCAUCUGCAAACCACUCCACUACUUCACCAUUAUGAACCUGAAAAGAUGCACUAAGUUGGUGUUGACUUCCUGGACCAUUGGCUUUGUGCAUGCCAUGAGUCAGCUUGUGGCAGUUCUACAGUUGCCUCUCUGUGGUUCCUUGGAAAUUGACAGCUUCUUCUGUGACAUGCCACUCGUAAUCAAGUUAUCCUGCACAGAUUCCCAUAAUUUGGAUAUUUUAAUGAAUGCUGAUUGUGGGGUUGUGGUUGUAACCUGCUUCAUUCUGUUGCUCAUUUCCUACACAUAUAUCCUUAUCACUGUUCGCCAGAGCUCUAAAGCUGGUGCAUCUAAGGCCCUGUCUACAUGCACUGCCCACAUCACAGUGGUGAUGCUCCUUUUUUUGCCCUGCAUCUUUAUCUAUGUGUGGCCCCUCAGUAUCACCUGGUUGGACAAAUUUCUUGCUGUGUUUUACUCUGUUGUUACACCUCUCCUAAAUCCAGCCAUUUAUACACUAAGAAACAAAGAAAUAAAAAAUGCUCUGAAGAGAUUAAAAAACUAUUUCAAGAAUCACAAGGUAAAUACUUAA